AUCCUCAACACUGCCAUCCUGACGGGCAGGAUGGUGGCAGUGCCAGUCAAGGUGGUGGCCGUGCAGGAGGACGGCUCCGUGGUCGAUGUCUCGGACUCCACCGAGUGCAGAUCCGCUGACGAGGACGUUGUGAAGGUUUCUGACAGCUGCGACUCCAUCUUCGUUAAUGGCAAGGAAAUGAAAAGCAAAGUGGAUACUAUUGUUAACUUCACUUAUCAGCAUUUCACCACCCAGCUGGAAGUGACGGUCUGGGUUCCACGGCUGCCGCUGCAGAUUGAGAUCUCUGACACCGAGCUCAGCCAGAUCAAAGGCUGGAGGAUUCCUGUCACCUCCAACAAAAGGCCCACCCGUGACAGCGAGGAUGAGGAGGACGACGAGAAGAAAGGCAAAGGCUGCACYCUGCAGUACCAGCACGCCCUGGUGCGGGUCCUCACCCAGUUCGUGGCCGAAUCCGCCGAGCCCGGGGGCCACCUGAGCUUCCUGCUGGGCUCYGAGUGGCAAUUUGACAUCACUGCCUUGGUGGCCGAUUUCAUGAAGGUGGARGAGCCCAGGAUUGCCCGGCUGCAGGAGGGCAGAGUGCUGGCAGGGCGUGAGCAGGGCAUCACCACCGUGCAGGUGCUGUCCCCUCUCUCGGAUUCCAUCCUGGCAGAGAAGACAGUGAUAGUUCUGGAUGACCGGGUGACCAUCACGGACCUGGGAGUGCAGUUGGUUUCGGGCUUGUCCGUCUCCUUGCAGCUCAGCAAAGGAAAUAAGAGAGCCAUCGUUUCCACMACCUCUGCCAACGACAUCCUGCACACUCCCAAACAGGAAGCCGUGGUUAGUGCCUGGAUUCUGUUCAGUGACGGGUCGGUGACUCCAUUAGACAUCUACGACUCCAAGGACUUCUCCAUCUCCAUCACGUCCCUGGAUGAGAUGGUGGUGUCGUCCCAGCAGACCCUGCAGUCCCUCUGGCCGGUGGUGGUGGCCGAAGGGGACGGGCAGGGACCCCUGAUUAAAAUCGAGAUGGUCAUCAGCGAGCCCUGCCAGAAAACCAAGCGCAAGAGCGUCCUGGCUGUUGGCAAAGGCAACGUCAAAGUSAAGUUUGGUCAAAAGGAUUCCGACCAAAAAGGGAGCUCCAAUGACAUCGAGGACGUGGAGAAGGAUUUUAAAAGCCAUGCGAGCAACGCCAUCGAGAAAGCUGCAGAACAAGACAGGACAGCACAAGACUGGUCCAAAACCCACGAGGACAUGGSCGGUCCUGAGGACAAUGCAAACAAAAGCACAACUUUCAUCUCUCCCGUUGAUCAGGAGUCCCUGGAGGAUGGGCAGCUCCAGAAUAACCCAACUGCCUUCACGGRUUUCCCUACCCAAGUAGAAAUACCGGGAGAGAACAAUCCCAGCGAUCUGUCCUUGACUUCCAGAGGACUGACGGAUCUGGAGAUYGGCAUGUACGCUCUGCUCUGCGUUUUCUGCCUGGCAAUCCUGGUCUUUUUGAUUAACUGCGUGGCAUUUGCUUGGAAGUACAGGCACAAAAGGUUUGCUGUGAGCGAGCAGGGCAACAUCCCCCAUUCCCAUGAYUGGGUCUGGCUUGGAAAUGAGGUGGAACUGCUGGAAAACCCAGUGGACAUUUCGCUCCCGUCGGAGGAGUGCACCACCAUGAUUGACAGAGGGAUGCAGUUUGAAGAAAGCAACUUUCUCCUUAAUGGGAGUUCUCAGAAGACUCUUCAUAAUCAUAUCCUCAGAUCUUCUGAGUACCUUUGUGAAAAAGAAGUUAAAAGUGAACCUAUAAAUCCUUCUGGGCCAAAGCAGAAGCGAGUAAAGUUCACUUCAUAUACAACAAUACUGCCGGAGGAUGGAGGCCCCUACACCAACUCAAUUCUAUUUGACAGUGAUGAUAAUAUUAAAUGGGUAUGCCAAGAUAUGAAUCUUGGUGAUUCCAAGGAACUUAGGGACUAUAUGGAAAGACUGCAAGACAAUAUGUAAAACUUCUUUCUUAUGUUUGUAAUCACCUUUAUGCCUUCUGUUUACGGAUGGUGGAGCAGUCAGUCCAGUCAGCAAUAGGAAACAAGACAGUCCAAGCCUGGAGUCACUGAGAUGAUAACCUGCUAUCAGAGAGCAGGUACAGGAGGCUGGCUGAGUAAAUCCUGUUUCACCACAAACCAGGAUGUGCCCCUAAACAGCUCAGUGGGUGUUGGAGGUGUCGCACGCCGUGGCUGGUUUUGUGUACUGCCUGGUACUAGCGAAAUGCUGAUCCAACUGCGCUCAGACUCAGAGGAGACUUCAUUUGUUUGUCAUCUCUCAUGGGAAAUGGUAAAGCGGAAAAGAAAGGGAUGUUUGUUUGCAUUGAUUUUUUUUCUAGUCGUCGUCCUUUGUAAAGCACAGUGGACAUUUCUUGCUUACAGCCCGAGAGGAGAAAGGGAUCGGAACGAAUCUCCUUUUAUUGCCUUUGUGCAAUGCAGCCAAGUAGUCUUAUUAUUUUUUACAGAUAUAAAAAAMCCCACGUGGUUAAUUUCCUCUGAUAUUGUUUGUGAAUUUUAUUUGACUUAGGGAACAUUAAAUAUUUUCUUUGAAGGGGUUUGGAUUUUUUUUUUUUUUUUUGGUUGUACCGAAGUGUAGUACGGUAAUAUUUAUAAUGAUUUGAGUUUUCUAUUCAUCUGCUGAGCCCCCAGAGAURCCUCCUUCAUCACUGAUUAUCUUUCUCCUUUCCAUAUGGGUAUUUGGGUCGUUAGCAUUUGAAACAUAGAAAGGAAUUAGCACUCUUACUGGGAGAGGGUUGUGUCUUCUUACAGGGAACUGUAAAUAUAAUAAUAAACCCUGGAAAAUAAAAAUCAAGGMGUAGCCCUGGGUUCACUUUUGUCAUUGCUGAAAUGAAAAAAUAACCUGUAAAAAAACCAGCACAUACUUCAAAGGGAAAUGCUUUGCUGAAACAGCAGCUUGGUUGACAACAAAUGUUAUUAUCUGAGUGUGAAAGUCAAACGUGGUGGUAUUGAAAUGCAGAGAACAGGCAGGAAAUUUCCUAGGAAAUAAGAAAAGCUUGGAGUCACUCUGAACCAAUUCAUCCAUUGGUGGUAGAGUUCAGCAGGCCAGAGAAAUUCAUGCUCAGACCUCAUCUGAAACAUCUCUGGCCAUAAAAUCAUCACAGAGAAAACUUCACACCAUGUUUCAUUGGAAAGG